CCCUGCCGUUAGCCGUUGUUGUACCCGAUGCUACUGAACAGAUUUGUCGCGAUACAAACUAGCUCCACACGGGCAUUAAAGCCGCGAAAAGAUGCUCCUCCACAGGAUUAAAAAACCGAAACACACGGCAAGAAGUCUGGAGAAACUUUACCCGAGUGUGGCCAAACUUUGAUAGACUACAAACCUCCGCACCACUUCCCUUUACAGUUCCGAGCGUGUUAGCAUUGUUUUAUCUCACCACUGUUGGCAUUGGACGCGUCUCUCUCUCUUCUCUCUCUAUCUUUUUUUUUAAUUUUUACAUUUUUUCCUCUUCUUCUGGAGCAGUCCAGUCUGAUGAAUUCACCGAAAAAAGACGGAGACGAUGAUGUGCCCGUUAAAGACCCGGUAAAAUACGGCGAAUUGGUCAUUUUGGGGUACAAUGGCUCUCUUCCAAGUGGAGACCGUGGGCGCAGAAAGAGCCGCUUCGCUCUGUACCGAAGGGCCAAGGCUAACGGUGUCAAACCCAGCGCCGUGCACAUCCUCAACACACCACAGGACAGCAAGGCGGUGCACAGCAGGGGGCAGCACAGCAUCUCUUUCACACUGUCCCGUAACCAGACGGUGGUGGUGGAGUACUGCCAUGACAACAACACAGACAUGUUCCAGAUCGGACGCUCCACAGAAAGUCCCAUUGACUUCGUGGUGACCGACACCUCUGGAGGGGGAAAGGAAGGGGAGGACCCCUCCAUCGCCCCCAGCACUAUCUCCCGUUUCGCCUGCAGAGUGGUGUGUGAACGCAACCCUCCUUACACCGCUCGCAUCUACGCCGCAGGCUUCGACUCCUCCAAGAAUAUCUUCCUAGGGGAGAAAGCAACCAAGUGGAAAAAUCCUGACGGACACAUGGACGGUUUGACCACCAAUGGGGUUCUAGUGAUGCACCCUGAGGGAUUCCCAGAGGACCCCAAGCAGGGUCUGUGGAGAGAGAUCUCCGUCUGUGGAGAUGUUUAUGCUCUGAGGGAAACCCGUUCUGGACCCAGCCGGGGCAAACUGGCGGAGGGAGAGAGCAGCGCGCUACGAGACGGUUCUCUGGUUGAUCUGUGUGGGGCCACCCUGUUGUGGCGCACAGGUGAGGGGCUCAUGCGAGCUCCAACCCUGCGUCACCUGGAGGCUCUUCGUCAGGAGCUUAACGCAUCCCGGCCUCAGUGUCCUGUAGGCCUCAGCACACUGGCCUUCCCCAGCCUGCCACGGAGCCACAGCCUUGAAGAGCGUCAGCCCUGGGUCUACCUUGCCUGCGGCCACGUCCACGGACGCCACGACUGGGGCCAGAGAUCAGAGGAGAGGAGGAUCCAGGAGAGGGAGAGCUCCACGGUCCGUCGUGAAUGUCCCCUUUGCAGGAGCGUGGGCCCCUAUGUGCCCCUGUGGCUGGGUUGUGAGCCUGCGGUGUACGUGGACGCCGGUGCUCCCACUCACGGUUUUGUGCCAUGUGGUCACGUCUGCUCAGAGAGGACAGCCAGGUACUGGGCUGAGACUCCACUGCCCCACGGGACCCACGCCUUCAGACCCGUCUGCCCCUUCUGCUCCACUGCCCUCAGCUCCCCCGGCUGGACGAGGCUCAUCUUCCAGGGCCCCAUUGACUAAUCAGCACUUCGAGACAACCACUAUCACAAUACCAAGAAGCUGCCUGAGCUUCAUUCAUGUUGCAAACGUUGGUCAGUGUGGAAAGAUAACAAUGUGGUGUGCUUAGAUUACUAUUAGAUUAUGGGUGUUGCACUCUCACGGUCUGAGUGUACAACAACACUCUGCAACGUUGUGUUACUGAAUGUAGCUCAGAUGAAGAAUCCCUGCCCCUGUUUAUCCUUCAGAGCUUGUUAGUUGGUGUAAGAUCAGGUGGAUAGGUGACAAAAACAUGGCAGAAUAAUCAGCGCUGCCUUGUGGAGAAUAUCUCUUCUAAAUUCUAAGAGAUGUCCAGUCCUCCGUCAUGCAGGAGUCUCAGGUUUUUAAUUCCAGCCACCACAAUGCCAGCUGAAGAUGUUCUCAGAAAUAUUUACCCAGGAGCCUAAACGAUGCUGCUUAACGUUUUUAAAACACAUCCUCAUAACUAUCUACUCUAUCAGGCUUAAACCUUUCUCUCAGUAUUAGACACCUUGCACAGUAUAAAACGGCAAGUAGCUUUUUGCACAUAUGAGGUGCGAUCAAAGCGUUUAAGGUCUGUGCCAUAAAAAAACAAUCAACCAAUCGAAAACCAUACCUGGUUUAAAUAUGGCAAUGUUUGUAACACUCCAUCAAAGUCACGUUCUGUAAGCAAGUCGAGCACCGCCUGUGUCUAAAUGGGGACAAAAUGAAGUCACAAAGUAGAUCUGGUUAGAGAACGACUGUGUUGUUUUAAGUGCAUAAUCACCUCAUUGUGACACAGUGCAGUUGAAAUCAUCUGCAUGCCAUCGCAUUCAGAUCGUUUGCACCAAAUAUUUUACAGUAGAUCUCUGCCUUGACAUACUGACAAAUUCAUGGUGCACAGUUCUGUGAAUUCUUACUCAAAUGGCAUUGUAGGAUGUACUAGGAUUCUCUCCAUAGUAUAUUGUAAUAAGGUGUUGACGAGGGAUGUCCGACAUUGACUUUUUUGCAAAUAACCAAUAUGCCCAUAUUGUCCAACUCUCAGUUUCUGAUUCCAAUAUCAACCAAUACCGAUAUAUGUGGGCUAUUAAAUUAAUUUUAGGUCACAUCACAUGUCUCCUGAUAUGGAAUUAACAUAGACUGGAUAUAUAGUGGACGUAGCAUCUGGCUCCAGAAUUGAAGCCAACCCGGAAGUGUCAAAAACUUGCAAUAUCACGCCGUCCGUUAGGGUUGGCUCCAAAAAGCUUUUGCUCCAUAGACCCCAAUUCAUUUUUGGAAAAAAUAAAAUUUGAUAGACUGAUGUUCUACAGCUCAGGAUUUUUUUCCUGUUAGUUUUCAUGGUCAAAAUGAGAGAUCAGGUGGCCGAUCUUAAAAUAAAUCAAUACUGAAUUUUAAAUAAAUCGUUAAAGUUGGCGGAGCCAGGGGGCGUGGCUAUACUUGAUAGACAGCAACAGAAGCCUCUGCGGUAAAACGUGGGCGGGAUAAGAGAGUCCUCAGCCAAUCCUGCCCCUAGUUGCUCUCCGAUCCAGUCUGUUUGAUGACGCUUUUUACGUCACUGGCUCCAAAAAAUCCAAAACGUCGACCAGGAAGUAGCAAAAUCCGGGCUUUAUUUUCUCGUCGUUGAAACCAACGGGUGACGUCACGGUUAGUUUACGCUUGGGAAUUAACACAUCAUGCCUAAUUUUAAUGUGAUGCCCUAUUGGAUACAUUCUAAAAUGCAACAAUGAUUUCCAAAUGUAAACAUUGUCUUUGCAACAUAAUUUUUUUUUAAUUAAGCUAUGGAAAAAUGGCCAUUUUAAAAAAAUGCCUCAAACAGCUGACAUUACAUUUUUAUACUGAUAGAGGGCCGCGAUUAUUGGACAUCCCGAGUGUUGACCAUAUUAUGUGAUGUGACCCUGAGAUGACUAACAUUGUGAAUUUGUGGACUCUUGGUGCUCCUGACCUGACGUUCCUUCUCCGGUCUCGGAGACUGCAGCUCUUCUGCUGUUUAAACCACCAUUUAUUCUCUUAGUGGUAGCCGCAGACCCACUUGUGGUCGCCACAGUGAUCCUCCAUAAGAAUGCUGAAUCAUCCGAAUGCUGACUGACACAGAAUGUGACGUUUGCACUCUGCUCCGAUUUGAACUCCAGGGAGAAAAUGUGCACCUUUAAGUGAUCACAAAAACACAUGUACCACUGGUCCUGAUGUCCAUAGCACGGUGUUACUCUGCAUCCUGACUCAUUACGGCUCGCACAUGUUGCACACGUGGUCAUCACUCUCCAUUCAUGCUGAACAGGCAGAGUCUCAGGACGUUUUGAUCGCACUUUGUAACUAAGGAAUGGCCUUGUUUCUCAGUUAGCCUGCAUUUCUUGCAGGUCUAUGUGUUCUUCACUUGAUGAAGAACCACCUCUUGCACUUCUUGGCCUGAAAUCUCACCACAUCUUAGGUUCUAAAACAUGUCGACAUGAAAUGCUGCCGCUGAAUGUCUUUUGUUCUUAAUUGGUUGCAGCAAACUAAUCCAUUUGGCCUCAACUUCUGCAAAAACCACCUUCAUCUAUAUUUCACAUCAAGUCCACUUUUAUAGAUUUGCAUAUUUUCCUUCCUGAAAGACAAGCUGAUUUAGCUUUAUUCUCAGUGGGAGAUCACAAGGUUGGGUCAGAGGCUUGUGCUCCCAUUCAGCAUUUUAUAUGUCAUAGUGAUAAUUGUUCGCCGUUUUUAGGACAGAUCAGGAUAUUUUUAGUAUAUGCAGUUUCCAUCUUUUGUCUAGACAUGUCAUUUAAGUGUGAAAUCUAUGCACUAACACCCCCGUAAAUGAGAUAAAUGAGAUCCCUUGUGUAGUAUUUGGUUGGAAAGAAAACCUGCCGACUCUCUGAUUAGCUCUGAAGCACCAGAGGGAACGCUGCAUGCCGGAGAUCUUAUCCUAAUUAUAAAGCAGAAUGAGGAUAAACAAAGGCUGGGAAUGAAACUGGGUAAACUCCACUUCACAACCCUCUCAAGCAAUAAUAGCACUCCCAUAGAUAAGCUAGAUGUUGCGCUAUGUUUAGCCAAGUGUUAGGUCAGCAGUCCCUUCAAACGUGGCUGAAAUGGUUUCCAGGUUAAGGGCUCAACCAGAGGUGUGUUCAAUCCCAUCACUUAUUUUAUUUCCAAACAAGGUCUCAGACCAGUGAUCCAAGUAUGUGUGGUGUAACCAAAUAUAACUUAAAGAUGAGCAACCAAAUCAUUGAAAUGCAUUUUAAUACUCAUUCCACAUGUAUAGUCAAAUCCAAAACGAUUCACACAUGCCAAUUUUGAUUUAGAGUGAAUUUUUGUUUUGAUGGAUAGGUUUCUUCUGACUGGAAAUUAUAUCAAUUGGUAACAGAGACAGAUGUUGUGUUACAGAUGUUAAGGCUAAUUUGACGUAUGUAAUUUUGUACAUUUUUACAUAAAACAACAUGUCCAAAUUCAUUCAUACUCCUUGAAAUUGCUGCUAAUCUUCGAUAAAGUGUUCAUUUCUGUCGUAUUCCAAAUGGUCUCGGUAAUUUCUGCUAGUUCCAGAGCGUUUUCAUGCACUGUAAACUAAACAGCAGAUGCAGUAGUUCUCUAGUCAGUCACUGGUCGAUUGCAAGUCAUGGCUAAAACCAAAGAGCUUAGUGAGGACCUCCCAUUUCCUUACAAGACGUGGAAAGGCUAUAAAACCAUAUUCAAGUGCUAGUGACCACAGUGCAAGCCAUCAUCCAAAAUUACAAGGAGUUCCACACUGUGGGAAAACCUCAGAGGGCUGGUAGGAAGCCAGAAGUGACCCCUGUGCUUGCAAGAAUGGUAGAGUCCAAGAAGAAUCCAAAGAUCAGCACCAAAAGCGUCCUGAUGAAUGUGAGCAGUUCUGGUAGCAACAUCUCAGACAGCGAGUCAGGAGACUUUAUUUCUUCAAGACCAUUCUUCAAAACAGACAUAUAAAAAGUCACCUGGACAAAGAAGCAAGCUUUGAGUUGAAAAAUGAGAUUUAUAUGGAGUUAUUUGGAAAGACAGAAGAGGAAUUCAACCCCAAGAAUACUCUCCUCUCAGUCAGACAUAAUGGGAACAUAAUGCAUAAACAGAAUCAAGAGAAAAGAGGAGGAAAACAUCAGUUUGUCUGCAUCUCUAACACGAUGCGUUACCGUAUUUUGUCUCUCGUUUAUGUCAAUUAAGGCCAGAAGAAACCUAUUGGCUAAAUAAAAAUUCAAUCUGAAUCAAAAUUUGGCAUGAUUAUGAAUCAUUUUGGAUUUAACUGUAUCAUUAUCCUCAUUAUGCUGACAGAAAUCAGCAUGUUUAGGCUGCAGAGCAUUACCACAGUUGGAAUUGUCAUAGAAAAAAACCUACAUGUUCUGAUGCUUCUGUUGGUAAUUUGAACACACUUCUGGUUACUGAAUUAUGCUGAACAGGGUCUAUGUUCGUGGGUCAGUAGGUUUGAACUUAUAUAACCUCAAAAGAAAAUCUUUUUUUUUUUGUUUCAAAGAUGAACUAUUUUGUUAGUGAAUGGGAAGGGCUGGGUUUAUUUGGGGGAAGCGGGGGGAAUUCUUUUAGAUGUUCAGUGUUAACAAAAAAACUGACUAUUUUUCUAUCCGACAAUUGGUUUUUGUUGUUACUCAGUGUAAGCAAGUUCUGUAUGUUUCCAAAUAUAAUCGUGUGGUAGAUGUAGGAGAGCUUGUGAGUGAGAAAACAUUGCCAACACUGUGUCCAACAAACACACACUUACACACAAUGCUACCGGAAAACAUUGCCCAGACAAUGAAUGUAGCCAAAUACUCGGGCUAUAUUUAGCCUUCCCUGGUGCUCAUAUUGAAUGGUCUAUAUUGUGAUACUAUUUUUGUAACUGAAUAUUAUGGUGUAGCUUGGUGAACUAGCUGGAAAAAAAAAGUCUGGUCAUUUUCAAUAAUAGCCUCAAGUAUGGAAGACGUAAUUGAUAAUACACACUCACACGGAAAUUGUGUCUAGCUUGCAUGUGCUACACAUCCAGUAUGUACACUACACAUACUCGAAAAACUUUGCACGGUGGAUUGCCAACUUGUUAUUCAUGCUGAGAGAGUUUUUGUCACAGACCAAGUGUCUUCCGAGUCCUAACAGUUGCAGCAUUUUCUUCUGAUUUGUCGUUUUUCUUUUACUUUCGAAAGCAAGAAUACAAAAGAGAGCCUAAAUAAGAAAUCCUCAUACUUGAUAGAUCUUUGUGAAUGAGACCUCUUGAACCCCACUUUGUACUACUAUGCGAAUAUUUUCCACCAAAACCAAUUCACUGCGAGAAAGACGCUCAACACUUGUUUACAUUUUUGUAUUUAGGCCCAUCGUGGAACAUUUAAAGCUAAUGAAAGUCAGCGUGCUGUCUUCAGAAUGUGAUGUGUUCUCAUUUGAAGUCUAAAUACAAGAUUUGUACUUGGCGGACGGUAGUGUUGAUAAUUUACUGUAGCUCAGGAUUAGUGAUUUCAGACUCACAGCUGGCGAAGCCUGAAGGAAACCUGGUAGAAUACACUUUGAAAACACGCAUCGGAUGUGAGAGUAGGCACAUCUAAUGCACAGAUUACAGAGGGAGUACAGUGGAGCCACCACAGGUCAGCCAUAUACGGGUCUCUAUAGAAAGGGGUUUAACGAAAAACAUGUCUGCCCUUUACAAAUCACACCAAAUCCAGUGAAUCCUGCUUUUAAAUAUAAAUAUAUAUAAACAGUACAACAUGUAACACCAUUGGCAUGUGGAUGGAGAACAGUUGCAGCACCCUCAUCGGCUUCUGACCUGAAAUAUUCCUUUCAGCUCGUUUUUCUUUCAUUUUAAUUUUACUUUACUUCUUCAUUUGGAUUCUAGUUACGUAAUUUUCUUUGUUUUUAGAUUAGAAAAGAUUCAGAGAGUAUUUUAGAGAAGUUUAAUACCACCAGUAACAUCAUAAGCUCUUCCCUAAUUUAGUUUUUUUUAAUCAGUUAAACCCUUAUUCCAGAUGGCGAAACCUCAACCUCAACUUUAUGAGCUCGCCUUGUCACAGGUGAGUGAGUAGCCGACAUGUAUUAUACAGCGUAAAACCUCACAGUUAACAAUGCAUUCCUUUAAAUAUAUCUGUGUUAUGUACAGCUAUUUUGUAUUAUUUUAUAACAUAUUCUUCUGUAAUCGUCCGGUGCACAGACAAUCGCUAUACACAUGUCAAUAAACCAGUUUAAAAAAUU